AUUGUGGAAGGACCUUCAGGCAGAAAAAACAUCUUAAUUCACACAAGAGGGUCCACAAAGAGAAGGAGCAGCAUCAAGGCUUCCCCUGUGGAAAGACCGUCGGAAGCAGCGCCUCCCUUACUUCCCAUCAAAGUCUCCACAGACAGGAAAGGUUGCACCGACGCAGGGAGGGUAGAAUGAGGUUUACUCAAAGCAAGGAACCGAAUUCCCGGAAAAAAAGACCCACUGGGAAGAAAUCAUGUAAAUGCCUGGAAUGUGGGAAGAGCUUCCGCUCUGCAAGUGACCUCACUUGCCAUAAUAGGAUCCAUACAGGGGAAAAGCCAUAUCAUUGCGCCGUGUGUGGAAAAAGCUUUGCACAAAAGGGCAAUUUCAAUUCACAUAAGAGGAUCCACACUGGAGAGAAGCCGUAUAAAUGCACAGAGUGUGGAAAAUGCUUCAGUGCCCCAGGUAUUCUUACUUCCCAUAAGAGGAUCCACACAGGGGAGAAACCCUAUGAAUGCCUGGAGUGCGGAAAAAGCUUUAGCAGAAGUGGUGCUCUAACCUUACAUAAUAGGAUGCAUAAAGGGGAGAAACCUUAUCAAUGCCUGCAAUGCGGAAAAAGCUUCAAUCAAAAAGUUCAUCUUAAAUCACACGAGAGGAUCCACACGGGAGAAGAACCAUUUGAAUGCACGGAGUGUGGAAAGACCUUCCAUUGUUCUUCAACCCUUACAUCCCAUCAUAGAAUCCACACAGGGGAGAAGCCCUUUCAAUGCCUGCAGUGUGGAAAGCACUUUUCCACUUCUGGUGGCCUUCAUGUCCAUGAACGGAGCCACACAGGGGAGAAACCGUACAAAUGCUUGGAGUGUGGAAAGAGCUUCCGUAAAUGCGAUCAUCUAACGUCACACAGAAGAAUCCACAGUGGAGAGAAACCAUAUCAAUGCACCAGGUGUGGGAAGAGCUUCAGUAAUUCACGUAGUCUUACUGUCCAUAAAAGGAUCCACACAGGUGAAAAGCCUCAUAAGUGCCCUGAAUGUGACAAACGCUUCACUGAUUUGCGGUCCCUCGCUCAUCACAAAAGGCUCCACACUGGAGAGAAACCAUAUGAAUGCCGCACGUGUGGAAACAGCUUCAGUGCAAAAAAUAGCUAUGUCAUACAUAGCAGGACCCACACUGGGGAGAAACCUUAUCAGUGCCAGGAGUGUGGAAAAUGCUUCAGUGAUUCUGGAGCACUGAGGAUCCAUAAAAGGAUUCACACAGGGGAGAAACCCUUUAAGUGCAUGGAGUGUGGCAUGAGUUUCAGGACAAGUGGUUGCCUUGGUAUCCACAAGAGGAUCCACACUGGGGAGAAACCGUAUACAUGUCAUGAGUGCAGAAAAACCUUUAGACAUAAUCGUUCAUUCAGGUACCAUCGAAGGCUUCACUCAGGGGAAAAACCCUAUAAAUGCCUGGAAUGUGGAAAAUGUUAUAAUGAUAGUAGCAGUCUUACCUACCACAAUAGGAUCCACACAGGAGAGAAACCGUUUAAAUGCAUCGAGUGUGGAAAGAGUUUCAAAGAUGUUUGCAGUCUUACCGUCCAUAAAAGGACCCACACAGGUGAAAAGCCUUAUAAGUGCACUGAAUGUGACAAAUGCUUCACCAAUUCGGGGGCCCUCACUUGCCACAAAAGGGUCCACACUGGGGAGAAACCCUAUACAUGUCAUGAGUGCGGAAAAACCUUUAGAUAUAAUUGUUCACUCAGGUACCAUAGAAGGCUUCACUCGGGAGAAACCCUAUAAAUGCCUGGAGUGUGGAAAAUGUUAUAAUGAGAGUGACAGUCUUACCUCCCACAAUAGGAUCCACACAGGAGAGAAACCGUUUAAAUGCAUCGAGUGUGGAAAGAGUUU